CCUUUUUUGAUUUUCAUCUCAUUUGAAGAGUGGUAAGUAUAUGUUAAAAGAAGCAUUAAAGCAAGAUGGCACGCAAAGCAUCAAAGGAUACUGGUGUAGAGGUAGUGAAACCCUCCAAUAAGGGCUCUAAUACUUCUGUAGUGCAAGACCCUGCACAGGGAGAAGAUCUGGAGGACUACGACGAAGAAGAAGAUGAAGACUAUGAUCCAUCAGCUAAGAAAAACAGUGACAAACAAUCAGGAGAAAUAGAAGAAGAUGAUGAUGAUGUUAGUGAUCUUGACAAUGAGAAUGAGAAGGAAGCCAUCCCGGAUUUUUCGGCGAUUGAAAGUGGAGGAGAAAGAUUGGUGAUGACAAGAAGACAAAGAGAACAAGAACAACUAAAUGAAUCCAAACACACCAUGAAUGGUCUUGUACAAGAGCAAAAGACAUCACUGGGAAUCAAUAUCGAUGAACUUUUCCAACUGUUAAAGCAGCUGAGUAGCAAGGGUCAUGAGAUUUUAGAUCAAAGGGAUACACUGGUGGUAUCUAGCACCUCCACCACCACGCUUGAUAAGGCCAACCAAUCAUCUGAAUCUACCAAGUCUACCGAAUCGAAUAAGAAACAAAAGCUUUCAAAUGAGCCAGAGAUGAUCACUAUUCAAACCUCAUAUUCCUUUGCUGGUAAGGUUGUAACGGAAACUAAAUCUGUUGAAGCAGGAUCUGCAGAAGCCAAGGCGUAUCAAAACUCCACGGGGAAUAUCUCCAGUCUGGCUGCAGAUGGAUCAACAAACACUAUACAACGUUCAUUUGUCCCGGUGGUGCGAAUGGUUGAUGGAAACCAUGUAGAACUCCGGAUUAAGCUCAAAAGACCGUCUUUAAUAGACAAAUUUCUUUCUUCACAGGGCAAUAAGCUGCUGAAACUUUCUACAUUGGAAAAAUCCAGAUUGGAUUGGGCAAGUUUUGUUGAUAAGAGAAAAUUACAAGACGAUUUGAAGAAACAUAACAAGGCUGGUUACUUGGAUAAACAAGAUUUCCUCAAUAGAGUUGAGCUGAAGAAAGAUGAACAGUAUAGAGUUGCACAAGAAGAGGAGAGAAAGAACAGGAUGAAUGAAGAAAAGAAUCAGUAGAUAGACCGCAUAGGGUUUUGAGGAGUACGUUCCCUGCAGGGCUGCAGGACGCUCCACUGGCACUCCGUGGGCCACUAGCCGUGGUGGUCGAGGAGAGUGCUUCUGUUAUGUCUUUUAGGUCGACCUAAAAUAGUGUGACAAGGGUAUUUCAAAGCUCAAAAUUGUUUAGAAAGAGAAGGUAAAAGUUUCUCGGUUAUAAAGCUAGGGCAGGACUUCGUCUCGAUGUCAACAGUCGUACGUCUAGCUAGUCUACCAUGAUCCUUUUCUCACGUGUAACAUCAAAACACUGUCAAAUAAGUGUUUUAGGUACCUUCUAAGUGGUAACCAGUCUAAGAAUCAAAAAAAUCACUACAUAUUGAUGGAGAAACUAAACAUUUUCUCCUAGAAUCAGUGCUAAUUGUAUGUUGUAAGAUCAUAUCUACAGACAACUAAUGGGUGCAACUUUCCGAGUAUUCUAUAUUUUAUAUACCUUAAAAUUACACGAAAC